AUGUCUGAUACAUACAAUGUACGUUCGAGACAUAUCAAGUCAAAUAUUUCAACAGGAUUAAUAUCAAAACCUGCUCAUAUUAUUCUUAGUACAGGCGACUUUCAAUCGAAUGAAAAAGAUAAUGAUAUACGUUGUAUGGUUCGAAAUAAACAUAAUUUUAUACAAAUUAUUUUUAUGAUCUUUACUGCUCUAUCUUAUCUUCUUCAUACAUUGAGAGCUUACAUACCAGUAACAAUGCAAACAAAUUCUCAUUUUUGGUCGAGUCUUAUAAUACGACCUAUUACACGUGUUUACACAUCAGAUUUACGACCAAAUAUAAUUAUUGAAAAUCUUUUAUUUCGUUUGAUAGAAAAUUGGCAGACAUUUUGGUUAAUUUAUGUAUUAUCAUUUAUUCUAAGACGUACUAAUUUUGGAUAUCUUUAUCGAAAUCCAGAUAUAUUUAAUUCAUGUCUUUGUUUUCUUUUUAUUAUUGCACUUUCUUUUCAAAUUGUUAGUCAAUUUUCUCUAUCAUCGGAAAUAUCUUGUGCAUGUUUAUAUCUUAGUUUAAUUCUUCUGAUUAUAACUUGUCGAAUUGUUGCAGUAAAAUUAUUUAAAUAUGAAAAUCUCUAUAGAUCAACUAGUUUAUCAAUUGAUUUAGCAAUAAUACGUUAUUUUAUUUUAAAUAGUCUUUUUCUUUAUACAACUUCAAUUGCAUAUACAACAAUAUGUGCUACUAUUGAAUAUAUUGGUAUUUAUCUUGAUUUAAAUUCUACAUUACCAAUAUCUAUUAGUGUUUGUACAACAAUUGGUUUAUUGAUUAUAUUAUUUCUUCUUCUUGUUUAUUUUCUUCUUGAUCAAUUUAUGUAUAAAAAUGAAUUUUGGUCAAUAUGGACACCUUAUCUAUUUAUUGCAGUUGCUUUUAUUGAUCUACCAUUACGUCAAUUAUCAUUAUUUGAACAAGAUAUUAUUGAAAAUAAUUUAAAUUAUUAUUUAUAUUGGGUAUUAUGUAGUAUGAAUAUAUUAUUAAUAUGUAUAAGAUUAUGUCGACAAAUAUUUCUUACAUGUUGUCCAACGACAAAGAAAAUACGUAUCAAUUCACAUACUGAACAAGUGACAUCAGGAACACAAAUUAAAUAA